AUGAGUAGUCCAGUUAGCACUCCAUAUUCCAGCCUGUUUGACAUGAGUCGUUUGGACGAGACACCGCCAGCACGACCUCUCUUCUCCAUGACGCACCCCCUCUCCUACUCCCGGGACAUGUGGAAGUGUUAUCCCUAUGGUGCCUACCACGCCCUCUACAGCAGUUAUUACUAUGGAAAUAGUUCGUGCCUCUCUCCGGAACGGUUGAUGCUGGGAGUGCCAAGCCAACAGACCACAGGGCUCGAUCUCUCCUGUUCUUCCUCCAGCUUGCUUUCAGACGACAACCUCUCGCCCGAAAAGCGCUCUUUUUCGGACAUGUCAAUUGAAGAGGAAAAGAAGUCCCCCAAGCCCUUUGACUUCCACCACAUGGCAGAGUCUGUAAUGAGGGAUGAGGAGGAAUCUGACGACAAAUCCCCCAUCAACAAAGACCCCCUCAUCAUUAGCCACGCCCUCGAAUACAUUUCUUAUCUGGAACAAGCAAGGCUGCGUUCGUACUUGCCAAUCAAGUUCCCCCUCCACCUUCAAAAAUGUAGUUCUCUCCCUGAGCGAAGAGGAAGGCGCCACAAAAAGCAGAAGAAAGAAUAUAUCUGUAAAUACUGCGGUCGCCAUUUUUCCAAAUCGUACAAUCUCCUCAUCCACGAACGGACGCACACUGAUGAACGCCCUUUCCCCUGUGACAUAUGUGGAAAGGCUUUCCGACGUCAGGAUCACCUUAGAGACCACAGGUACAUUCACUCCAAGGAGAAGCCGUUUAAGUGUGUUACUUGUGGGAAGGGAUUUUGCCAGGCCAGAACACUAGCUGUUCAUAAACAGACCCACGAGCAGGUGUCUUAGAGGAAAAAUGCAUUGUAUGGGUUCAUUGGUGCCUCUGAUGUCUCGUGUUAAGAUACUUGCGCUGGACGUUUCUUAUUCCGAUCCCUGAUUUGCAGUUGGACAGUUCGUUCUCAGAAACAGAGUUUCGCAUAGAGCAAAGCGAACUGUUAUUGGGUUCGUGAACACCAGCGUAAAGCCGAUGGGACAGUGCUGCUAUAAUAUUGUUAAGUUGUGGUUUGUUAACAAUUUUGUUAGUGUAUUUUUGUUGUUUUUAAAUAUUAUGUCAUGUUCAUUUGUGAGAAACUUGUGAAGGACAUGUUAACUUUCAACAUGCAAUUUAUACAUACAAAACAUUCCAGAGAGGGAGAGAGAGAGUUUGUACAUA